AUGACAAAUGUUGGCACUUGGGUGCACCACGGGGAAACUGUUUCUGUCAAUCAACCUCGUGUGUGGAAUAAUGACAAUGACAUUGAAGGUGUUGGUGAUGAAGGGACAACCAAUGAAUGCCUUCACGUUGAAGAUGAAUUGUAUGAUAUGUUAGAAGACCGUCGCAUGGCGCAUAUUUUUGAUGAUGAUGAAGAGGAUGAGCGGUAUGAUAAUGAGCAAAGAGAGGAUGCACGAAACUUUGAUAAAUUGUUAGAGGAUGCUCGUCGUCCAUUAUACCUUGGCUGUCAUAAGUUUACUUUGUUACCAUUUGUCAUUAAGAUGCUUCAUAUAAAAGUGUUAAACAAGUGGAGCAAUAAGUCUUUUGACAAGUUGUUGGGUGUAUUGAAAGACCUUUUACCAGAAAGUGAUCAAAAGGUUCCAUGGACCCUUUAUGAAGCGAAGAAAUUUUUACGUGAUUUGGGUUUAGGAUAUGUGCCUAUUCAUGCAUGUAAGUAUGAUUGUGCUCUUUUUUGGAAGGAAAAUGCAAAUUUAGAAAAUUGUCCGAUUUGUAAGAAGCCUAGAUACAAACUGAGUGAUGGCAAAGGUAAGAAGAUACCUCAUAAAAUUUUGAGAUAUUUUCCAUUGACACCAAGGUUGCAAAGAUUAUACAUGUCGAGAAAAACAGCUGGAGAUAUGAGAUGGCAUAAAGAAAAACGUGUUGAUGAUGGCAUCUUAAGGCAUACAGCCGAUGGUGAGGUGUGGAAGGAUUUUGAUAGGCAACAUGUUGUGUUUGCCCAAGAACCACAUAAUGUGAGGUUAGGGUUGGCCACCGAUGGUUUCAACCCUUUUGGAAAUUUGAGCAACUCAUAUAGUAUGUGGCCUUUGGUAGUUAUGCCUUAUAACCUACCACCGUGGAAGUGUAUGAAGCAACCAUUUUCCAUGAUCUCAUUUCUUAUUCCUGGACUGCAAGCACCGGGGAGAGAUAUUGAUGUUUACUUGAGGCCAUUAAUUGACGAGUUGAAGGAGUUAUGGGAAGAUGGUGUAGUUACUUAUGAUGCCUCAACUAGGGCAAGUUUCCGAAUGCAUGCAACUGUUAUGUGGACUAUUAAUGACUUUCCUGCAUAUAGUAACUUGUCAGGGUGGAGUACAAAAGGAUAUUUGGCUUGUCCCAAUUGUAAUGAGAAUGCAUCAUCACAACGGUUAAGAAGUAAGAUAGGAUACACUGGUGCUCGCCGAUACUUACCUGAAGACCAUCCUUGGCGAAAAAGUAAGCUCUUUAAUGGUAAGGCAAAUGAUCGAGCAAGACCUUUGGAGUUGACAGGGGAACAAAUUUUAAAUCAAUUGGAUUCAGGAACAUUUAAACCAUUUGGGAAGCAUCCAAGCAACCAUAAAAGAAAAAGGGAUGAAAAUACCGUCCUGAAUUGGACAAAGAAAAGCAUAUUUUUCGAAUUGCCUUACUGGAAGACACUCAAGUUACGACAUAACCUCGAAGUCAUGCACAUAGAGAAGAACAUAUGUCAUAAUUUAAUUGGGACUUUGUUGAGCAUUGAUGGAAAGAACAAGGACACGGAAAAAGCACGCAUGGAUUUAGAGGAUAUGAAAAUUAGGAAAGAUUUGCACUUAAAGAGGCGCACAAAUGGGUCCUUUGAAAAGCCCAUUGCAUUGUUCACAUUGUCCCUAAAGGAAAGACAAGGUUUUUGUGAGUUCUUAAAAUCAAUUAGGUAUCCUGAUGGAUAUGCAGCAAACAUCUCUAUGUGUGUGAGCACAAAGGGCGGCAACUUAUCCGGUUUGAAAGCCAUGAUUGCCAUGUCCUUAUACAACGACUUCUUCCUAUUGGAAUGCGUGGUGAGGGUGAAUGAUUUGGAGAAAUUACAAGAGAGCAUAGUACUCAUACUUUGCAAGCUAGAAAUUUUUUUUCCACCUGCAUUCUUUGAUGUGAUGGCUCACUUAGCUAUUCACUUGCCUCGCGAAGCCAUUCUUGGAGGGCCAGUGCAAUAUCAAUGGAUGUACCAUAUCGAAAGAUUACUCGGGAUUUUGAAAGGGUAUGUAGCAAAUCGAGCUCACCCAGAAGGUUCAAUUGCAGAAGCUUACAUUGUCAAAGAAUGCUUAACUUUUUGCUCUAUGUAUCUUGGUGGGAUUGAAACCGUAUUUAACAGAGAGGAAAGAAAUGAAGAUGGUGGUGAUGUUGGCUCAAGGCAUUCAGUUUUUUCACAAAAAGUCCAUACUUUUGGGGUAACUCAAAAGGCAGUUGACGUGUCUGAGAAUGAAAGAAAAGUGGCUCAUUGGUUUAUCUUGUACAAUAGUCCUGAAAUUGAUGAAUAUCUAGAAGAACACAAGAAUCAAUUACAAAAUGCAAAUGUACAUGACAUUACAAGACGACAACAAGAAGAAUUUCCUAGGUGGUUCAAAGAGCGGAUAAAUCAAUUACGAGCUGAAGGAUCAUCGGAAGCAACUGAUGAGUUGUGGUCAUUAGCUAAUUGUCCUAGUCCAAUAGUGAACAUUUAUUCGGGUUGUGAACAUUGGAAAGUCGUAGAGCGAUUUCAACAUCGAGGAAUAUGGAAUGUGCCAGAGCUUGAGGAUGUAGAUCCCGAUGAUAAUGAACUGCCUAUUUCGAAUGAUGUGUUCCAGCAGGACGAGAGCACCGAAAUUGUCCAAAUUAGCAUUGCAGAUUCCAUUAGCAACACUUUACGUAGUACUGAUAUUGCACCUGAUAUUAUUCCAAGUCAAGUGGUUCUACAAUCUGGUACAAGUGUACAUGUAGAGGGUCCAAACAGAGAUGAUUUUAUCUGUGAUGAUAAUGAUCAACAUUCAAAUGAUCCUAGUGAUGAUAAAGAUGAAUUUCAUAGUCAUAGCAACUCGGAUACAGAUCAUGAUACAGAGCCUUGA